AUGCCUCGCACUGGUCGUGCCCGGAGGAGGUCCACCUGUGGCCUCAGAUGGCGUUUUCGCGCGGUCCUUCACGCGAAUCGUGCCCACAAGAAGUUCAGCGCACCCGUGCACGCGUGCCCCGCGGCAACCAUUUCUCCGCACUGCCCCGCGGCGCGCAAUGUGUGAAGAGAGACCCGCGCCCUGCACUGCACAUGACUGCAUAGAGAUGGGUCCGUCAGGCAACUGCUUUUUCAGGCUGGAGGUGAUGGAACACCUCUGGCGAUCCUCUCAGCGCCGCCAGAGGUCUCAGCUCCUGCCUCUUCCUCCUGCGAAGUCGCACCCUAGCACACGCAUUCCGACAUGAUGGUCCAUGGAAUCAAGCUGCAGCGACGGCAAGACGGGCCCCCGAAGGGAGGAAACGCAUGCAAACACAUCGGCCCACGAUUGACGAAAAAUCCUCGGCCCUCGACCCAAAGGUCUGGGAAUGCCCCUGGCGCUCGGAUUUUCAUGCCAGACGGCAUCGACGGUCGGCUGCGAGCCGCCGCCCAGCCGCGCCGGCGCAAGCCGCCCUGGCUCACGCCCCAGCGGCUUCGAGGGAAGCCCGCGCACCGGCCGCGCUGCUCUUGGGAACGGCCUGCCAGAGCAUGUACGGGCUUCGCCUGAUGAAGAAACUGUCCGCCGCCGGGCCGAGCAGCCGCCUUGUGCGGACAGACGGGCUUCGCCGGACAAGAAACUGUCCGCCACCGCGCCUAGCAGGCGCGAGCGCAAGCCUGGAUUCUUCCCACGACUCCCGGUGCGCCGGCGACCCGC